CGUUGCGAGCAGCGGAGCACAAAAGCUUGCAGCCGCCGAAGGACGGAAGCGAUCACGAGACGCGCCAGCGCCGACCCUAGCACCGCCCGAGCAUCCCACGGACGCGCGCUUGACCUCGUCGACCUCACCGACUGCUCCUCAUCCGAACCGCGCCGAUAGCUAUGGUAGCCACGCUGCAGUGCAAGGCCCACACGCCCGACCCGACCUUGGGUCGACGGGACAACAACAACAACAACAACAACGCCAAAGAAGGUAGCCGCCGGCGUGGCGUCGACGGCAGUGCGCGUGACGUAGCACAGAAGCUCUCGAGCCCGAUGGCGCCGAGUCCGCGCUUGGUGUACCGGCGCAAGCUCGGCAACGAAACAUGUACCAAGACAAAGCACGAGCGUGGAGGCUCCCAGCAAUUAUGUCACGCCUCAUUGAGCCCAUUGACAGGGCCAAAAAGCUCACCGCCCAUCGUCGUCGCAGCGCCCAUGCAACGUCCACGCCCCUCGCCCGUCGAUACAUCAGCCCCCGUGACGACCCAUCGCGACAAGAAGGGACCGCCGAAAAGCUCGCGCAAGUCGGGCGCCAAGCCGCCGUCAUAUGAGCUCUCGACUCCGUCCAAGACGGAUUUUCGCCACGCCGUCCAGCCCAGUAGUGCGUCAGGACCCGAGAAAGUACGGUCACCGUGCGCGUCGCGGAAGAAGAAGUCGACGAGCCAUACGCGAAGCGACAACAAUACACCGACAACGCCUCCGCUGGCAUCUCGCGAUCGCACAAGCAGCUCGACUGCGUCAGUGGAGCCAGAUCCUCCGUACUCUGCACACUCAACCAUCAUGUGGGCCUCGGACGAGAUUGAAGCGUUUGUCGCUGCUGUCGACAACGAGAUGGCGGCGAUGGGCCAAGCCUACUGCAAAGCGCUGCAGUACUUGAACCGGUCCGUGGUCGCGCUCUGGGCUUAUGCGUUCAUUGAUGUGUACGGGUCCCUUUGCACGCAGCUCGCGCUUCCUGGGAGUGACCUCGACUGCGUCAUCGUCGUGCCAGAAGCCCAUCACGGCCUGUCGCCGAUUUCGAUGCUCCGCGAGGUCCACGCGGCGGUGCGCGACCAGGCAAACGUUGUGGACGUCGAGCUUCUCGAAGCCGCGAGCAUUCCCGUGCUCAAGCUCGUCUUCCAGCUCGGCGACGCCUCGGUGCCCAUAGACCUUAGCGUCGCUCAUUCGGCGGGCCACUCGGGGCUGGCGUCGCGGGACCUCGUGAAAAAGUUCGCCGAGUACAUGCCCGCGCUGCGGCCACUGGCGCUGGUGCUCAAGGCGCACCUCAAAGCCAACGGCCUCUGCUGUGCGUUCUCAGGCGGUCUCUCGUCGUAUGCGCUCGUCGUACUCAUCAUUCGGUUCCUCCAAUGUUUUGGCGACGUACACGUGUCCCACACGGAGCCACCGACGCCCGAGCUACCGCGACAGCCCAACACGCUCUACACCUUCUUCCGCCAUGAUGCGGUCGUCUGGCAAGGCACGAUUGGCAUGCUACUGCUCACGUUUCUCGAGCAGCACAUAAGCUUUGAGUUUGCCGCGUAUGGCGUGAGCAUCGCCAACGGCGGCGAGUACUUUGCCCUCAAUGACGUGGCCGGCGACACGAGCUUUGCGGUCCACGCGCACAUUGUGGAUCCGCUCGCGACGCAUCGCGUGCUCGGCAACUCGUUCCGUAUCCACGAGAUUGUGCGCGCGUGGAGCCAAAUGCACCGCCAGAUUCUGGUGCGCGCACCGCUUGUGGAAUUGCUGUCGCCGGCGCCAUAGCUUUUUUUCAUUUUUCCGUAUUUCCACAACACACAGUGCAAGUAGACGACGACAGUAGCAACCCCGAUCGAAACACCUACCCAAACGUAUAUUAUCGAAAUGUCAACAACCACGAUCAACUUUACCCUACCCCCAUGGUCGGGAUUAAACUCGAAUAAUCCAGUGUUUCGCGCUC